AUUAUACUUAUUUUACUAAAAUCGAAUUUUCUUAUAUAAUCAAUAAUCGACUAAGAUUCUGGAUAAAAUUUCAUCUCAACUGAAUAUAUUAAAUAAGUGGCAUGAAACUUUAUGAAAGUUGAGCCGAGUAUUUUUCACUUUGUUUGGUUUAAUCUAAAAACACCGGCCCGGAUACGAUAUUACGAAUAUCCAAACCAAACAAGGGCUCUAGUUUUGAAAAUCGCGUGGUAAUGGGCUGACCAGUAGUAGCCUAUAUGUAGCCCACACCAAACUGUCGUCUCCCUCCUUCCCCUCCGUAUUUCCCUUCCGUCCCUCCCUCCAUUUCUGAAACUAUGUUAUUAUACAGUACGUCGUCGUUCGACGCCCUUACCGGUCUCCAUACCUACAGCAUCAAUAGACCAAUGUCAAUGUUGUUCAGAAAAACUGCGAAACUUCGUUUCCCGAAACCACCACUCUCCUACAGUUAUCCUAAAGUCAUCAACGGUGACACUCACUUUCACCAUAAAAACUUGGACAAAAACGCUAAUUUCACAGUUCGCGCCUCAAGUAAAGCCCCAACCCCAACCCCAACACCACCACCAUUACCACAAGUCACCACCUCCAACAACAAAUUAAUCAUCAUUAGCUCUGCAAUUACUGUCGCAUUAGCCAUCGCAAAUCGCGUCCUUUACAAGCUAGCACUCGUUCCUAUGAAACGAUACCCCUUCUUCUUAGCUCAAUUCAUCACUUUCGGGUACGUGGUGAUUUACUUUUCCAUAUUGUAUGUACGGUAUCGUGCAGGAAUUGUGACUAAUGAAAUGAUAUCUAUUCCAAAACUGCGGUUUGUUGCUAUUGGAAUUCUAGAAGCACUUGGUGUCGCUACUGGAAUGGCCGCUGCUGCCAUGAUUCCAGGACCUGCUAUACCCAUACUGAAUCAGACAUUUUUGGUGUGGCAGCUGGCUUUUUCUGCCCUUCUCUUGGGAAGAAGGUACUCGUUCAAUCAAAUUAGCGGUUGCUUUCUUGUAGCUAUUGGUGUGGUGGUGGCUGUUUCAAGUGGAUCCAACGCUGAUCAGAUGCUAUCUGGAGUUGAGUUCAUCUGGCCAGCACUAAUGAUUAUAUCAAGUGCUUUUCAAGCUGGUGCAUCUAUUAUAAAGGAAUUUAUAUUUGUGGAUGCUGCAAAACUCCUAAAGGGAAAAUCACUCGACAUAUUUGUUGUCAAUUCAUUUGGUUCUGGAUUUCAGGCACUUUUUGUGGUCCUUCUUCUACCUUUAUUAUCAAAUUUGAAAGGCAUACCAUUUGCCCAACUUCCUUCGUAUCUGAAAAGCGGUGCUGGCUGCCUUGUGAAUAUUGGAAGAAAUGUACCAGUGCCAAUAUCAAUUUAUGUUUUAUCGCUUCCAUUGCCAUAUCUCCCUGAGGGUUCAGGUUUGAGCCCCUUUUUUCUGCUCGGCAGCAUGAUUCUUGUCUUGGGUCUUGUUCUGUACAAUGUAGCCCGGCCUGGCAAGCAGGCUUCAAAUUAACUUAACAUGGAAUUACUAUUUCAAGGUUUAUAAUUUUUAUUUUCUUUCAUCAUUCUUUUCCUGAAUCAUGAGCAGCCGGCCAUUUGUGGCGAUAUAUGGCUGCUUUGCCUGUAUAACUUCUAAUUUCUUUGGUUCUAAUCAAAUUAAUUGGUCCUUAAGAA